AUGGCCUCUGUUGACAUGGCUCGCCAGUCAGAAGCUGAGUGUCUGACGAGCCUGUUGAAUGGAAGCGGCCCCGUUGGUGGCCCUCUUUUGAAGUCGACAGGGUUGAAAUAUUACCGUCAGAUUGCUACGCUGCCUGAACUUCUUCCCACAAUCAGGACAUUCCUAGGUAAAGUUGUCAACGAAGCUCCGCUGGGACAGCGUGAUAGUGGGAGUGGAAACCCACAUAAGGCUUCACCCCAGUGUGAAUUCUUUCAUGGCGCUGUCAAGAUUAACAUUCCUAGUGUGCGUUCUUUCAUGGGCCUGUCAAGAUUGUCAGCCGCCACGAAAAUAGUCUUGGUAGGGUUGAAAUAUUACCUCCAGUUUGCUACACUGCGUGAACGUCUUACCGCAAUAACGACAUUUCUAGGUUGCUACGAUCCGCGAACUUCUUCCUACAAUCAGGACAUUCCUAGAUUGUCAGCCGCCACGAAAACAGUCUCGGUAGAGUUGGGAUAUUACCUUCAGGUCGUCAGAUCUCGCGAACGUCUUACCACAAUAAGGACAUUCCUAGUCUCUGACGUUCGCCUCGGUAUGCGGGCAUGCCACAGUCUCCUGUUCCUUCGACAAGACCGAGACUCCAGAGGCCUGGGCCCUCUUUUGCACUUACCUUCAUGGCUGCUGUUUGGUGCAGAUACGAAUUUCGUAUUCGGUCUUUGCGCACCACCGACCACUUCUGCCAAUGUGGUGUUCUGGUCUGUUGGAAUGACACGCCAUUCUGAGUUGAUAUUUGGCUUUCUGCGACUAGCAUCGGGUAUAAUUGCCACAAGCUCGUUCCGGAACACUGCCACAAACCCCUCCCGGACCACCACCCUCGACAAUAUACUUUCGCGAAGGCGGUCCUGGCAUCGACCAGCGAUGCGCGACAGUUCGCCACUCGCAGGCUGGAUUCGGCUAGAAGAGCCUGAGGAAAAGUGGUGGCAGGCGCCAUCGAUCAUCGCGCCUCAUGACCCUCAACCUUUACCAUUCCGGCAAUCUCGCCAUGGCGUAGCUGCGGCUGGGCUAUCGCUCGUUGCCUUUCGCAUCAGCGACGAAAGAACGGGCAUCAACGACUGGUACCUGUCCGUUCCUGAUGGCUUCCAUCCCGCUCAUCAUGCCGUUCGCAAAGGAAGAUCGAGCGACUCAUCUGGUGUGUCUGGUGGUUCUGGAGGUGGUGUGCCGUUCAAAGUGCGCAGCGCAUCUCAAGAUGCACCAGCAUAG